AAGUGUAUGACACUUGGUCUGGCGGACUCCGUGCAACUGCAUUGUCAGAGUGUGUCGCCAACCGAUGGCGUGGGGUAUAGCCGAUUUCUUAGCGCGUCGUCCUCGGCCUGCUCCUGAAGCGCAAGAUGAGCCUGCCCUUCAGCGGAGGCGUGAUCGUUCGCCUUCGCCGCUGCCGGAUGAAGAACGGAUUUCGCCACAGUCCGAUGAGUAAGAGCGACAGCUACGGCCUGUUCGCGCUCUGGAUCGUGACGUCGAAGUAUUGUGCUACGCGUAUCUGCAAGCGGGACGGUUCGUACCGCCUCUGGCUCCGCAACCUGGCCUGACCGGGAUGUUGAAAUAUCCAUCCAAGUUCGUUGGCGGCGCUGCCCGCCGCCCGACGGCGUCUUUGUUUGUUCAGUUCGACUGGCUCGAGUAUUCGUUCAUCAGUGAGUCUGUUUACUGCUUCUAUUGCUACCUAUUGCUACCUCUUCCCACAGAUAACGUUGCGUCGGCAUUCAUCUACUCCGCCAGCUUCUCAACCUGGAAUAAGAUCGGUGGCAAGAAUUGCAGUCUACUCAAGCAUCAGGGUGGGCACAAGUCGGCACACAACAUCGCCGUGAAGAAGGCCAGGGACCUUCUCAACGCCUGGCAGCAUGUCAUCACGGGCGAUGCUGGGCUGGCCCGACAGAACGCCAAAACUAUUGAUGGCAACCGCAAGCGCCUGGACGCCUCCGUCGAUGUCAUGCAUGUCUGCAUGAACCAGGGCAUUGCGAUGCGGGGACAUGACGAGUCGCCUGGCUCUCUUAACCGGGGCAAUUUUCUGGAGAUUCUCAACAUGUUACGCAAACGCGACGCACUGCUUGCGGCCAUCACCUGGGAGAACGCGCCGCAGAAUGCGACCAUGACCAGCCCCGACGUUCAGAAGGACCUGAUCCAUGCUCACGCUCAACUGGUGCGCCGGCGCCUCGACACCGAGAUUGGCGACGCAUACUAUUGCAUCAUGGCGGACGAGUCACGUGACGUCAGCAAGAAGGAGCAGCUGGUCUUCGUCAACCACUUUGUCGAGGUCAGUACGGGCAUCCUGCGCGAGCGACUCGUCGACAUUCAGCACGUGCCGGACACGUGUGCGCCCACCCUCUGCAGCGCUAUUGUCAACCUGCUCUCGAGUCGCGAGCGCCCUAUUGAGACCUGCCGCGGCCAAGGAUACGAUGGCGCGUCGAGCAUGAGCGGUGAGAUCGCUGGCUUGCAGACCUUGAUCAAGGCCAUGAACGACAUGGCCUACUACACGCAUUGCUGGGCGCAUAAGCUGCAGCUCGCUCUCGUCACUGCCUGCACAAAUGGUGUCACCGACAUUGCCGUGUUCUUUGACCUUGUCCAGGACAUAAUCCACACUGCCACCAGCUCGUGCAAGCGCAACGACCAACUGCUCGCCGAGCACAAGAAGCUCGUCGACGACCUGGUCGAUGAGCUGGCGGUCUCCACUGGCCGCGGUCAGAAUCAGGAGACAGCGUUGUCGGCGGCGGGCAACAUGAGGUGGUCGUCUUUCUGGCGCUUGCUGCACCGCCUGAUUGAGAUGUUCAACGCGACUGCCGUCAUCCAGAACGUGGAAGAGGACGGCGCCAAGGCAGAGUAA